AUGAGGAAAAGCUGCAGUGUUGGAGGAGGGGGAGCUGCACCGCUGACCCUCCGGUGGAGGAGAUGGGUUCGGACGCGCGCCCCGCGGGAGUGGGCGGGGAACGUCAGCCUGGAAUCCUGGGGUCCCCCGACCCCCGGAGUAGUGUCAACUCAGAGCACCACAAGAACGGCCGACCGGCAGAGAGCAGCAGCGGUUCGGGAGAAGCCGGGUCGCCCUCGCGGCCGCGCACCUGUGAGCACUAGGAGUUGCGGGCGUCGCAGGCAGGGCCCAGGCUUGAGCAGAGCGGCCGCACCGGCGUCUGAGGUCUCCGGCCAGCUGACAGGCCGAAAGCGGGCGGCGGGGCUGAGGGCCGCGCCCACUCUGGAGCCCUCAAGGGGAAGGUUCGGGUCCCGACCCCAACCACAACUCGGGCCAGACUUCGCCCCACUCACCAGGAACGCAGCGCCGCGAGCCCGCUCAAUCCGCGCGACUGCGGCGGCCGCUACGGUUAACAACACUCCCCACCCCCUGCGAACCGGAACUUCGGGGGUCAGACACCUCACUUCCGGCGGCGCGGGGCGCGGCGUGGGUCGUACCAAAUGCGUCCUGCCCUGGCUCGCACUGCGCGCUACGUGGGUCCAUAGCAAUGGUGUCACCACCGUAUCUGGGGCUCGUGUCUACGGGGAAGGGCUGGGCAAGAGGUCCGAGAGGUGGUCAGAAGGCUAUAUAAGCCCGCUCGCUGUCUACGCGGGCGUUCUGCUCUGGGCAAUUCCUGAGCUCGGGUCAACCUGCCCCAUCUCCAUCUCUUAUGAGAUGAGUGACUCCCAAGACCCCACCACUUCCCCUGUAGUUACCACCCAGGUAGAGCUGGGGGGCUGCAGCCGGCAAGGUGGGGGCAAUGGGUUCCUCCGUUUUCGCCAGCACCAGGAGGUCCAGGCCUUCCUCAGCCUUCUGGAGGACAGUUUUGUCCAGGAAUUCCUCUCCAAAGACCCCUGCUUCCAGAUUUCAGAUAAGUAUCUCCUGGCCAUGGUGCUGGUCUACUUCCAGCGCGCCCACCUGAAGCUCAGCGAGUACACCCACAGCAGCCUGUUCUUGGCCCUGUACCUUGCAAACGACAUGGAGGAGGACCUGGAGGGGCCCAAAUGUGAGAUUUUUCCAUGGGCCUUGGGAAAAGAUUGGUGUUUACGAGUGGGGAAAUUCCUGCACCAGAGGGAUAAGCUUUGGGCACGGAUGGGUUUCCGGGCUGUUGUGAGCCGCCAGUGCUGUGAGGAGGUCAUGGCAAAGGAGCCAUUCCACUGGGCUUGGACUCGGGACCGGCGCCCCCACCAUGGUGGGGUUCAGAGGGUCUGUCCACAGGUCCCUGUUCACCUUCCCCGGGGUCCUGGCCUCUCGCCGCCCCACUGUUCCCCCUGUGGCUUGCCCCAGCACUGCAGCCGCCACCAGCUUAAGCCUGUGUCAUCCAAGUGCCCUUCUCUGACCUCGGAGUGUCAUCGUCCUCCUUCCCAAAAUUAUCUCUCAAGGGUCAAAAACGCCUGGGGUGGGGACUUUCUCAUCGUCUUGCCCCCGCAGAUGCAACUGGAACCAGGCACCUACUCCCUCCGCAUCUUCCCAAAGCCUCUGGCACGCCCUGGGCACUGA